AAGAUCUGAGAACCUCAGACAUUAUAUUUUUUCUCAGUAGCACUAUAAUAUUUACAGAAUGAAACAGAAAAUAGUGAAUGGGGUGUAAUGAAUGACCUUCCUUUUCUGCUUUGCCUUCGUUUGAAGUUCUGACUUGAAAGGACUGACUUCUGAGAAAUCAAGACAAAGUCCCAGCUCCUCCCUUUCAGCAGGAACUCUCAGUGACAGAGAUUCAGAUUAGUAGCUGGACAAGUUCUCAAACUUUUAAAGCUUGGUAAAUAAACACUGGAUAAACUCAAGAGAAUUUCUGGACUGCAAAGACUUCUUACGGUUCUGAGUUCUCCAGGGCUGGCAUGUUUUGACUGAACUGCUGCAAUGAUGCUGGAAACAGACUGACAUUUCAAGUUGAUCAAAAGGAAAACAAAUAACCUCAGCUAUGGAGAGAAAAAGACAGCUACAGAAAAGGGAAUUUGGGAAAAGACUUUCUCUGGACAGCAGUCUUGUGGAAUAUAUGGACUCCAACAAAUACAUAGAGCAUUUAGUGACUCAGCUGGAAGAACAACGCUGGAAUUUAUGGAGGGAGAAGCUGUCUGUGGCUCGGCUGCAGCGGGAAGUUGCACAGAGUAAGAGUGAAGGAGCCAUGCGUGAGAAGCUGAUACAUGAGUUGGAGGAAGAAAGACAUUUGAGACUUGAGAGUGAAAAAAGAUUACGGGAGGUGACACUGGAGUCAGAACGGAGCCGGGCUCAGAUGCGUGGGCUGCAAGAACAGUUUUCCAGAAUGGAGGAGACAGUGAGAAAUUUGCUACAGAGCCAAGGAUCCACAGGCCAAAAUGGAGAAGGAACUGUCAAUAUCAUGAAGGUAUAUCAGGAAAAGCUGUCAGAAGACAGUAGGAGAUGUAAAGAAGGCAUGGAAAAAAUUCACACACUGGUAGAUGAAGAUUCAAGAAGUGAAAGCAGCAGCACUGAGGAGGAAAAAGAAAAGACAAAAUUGCUAUUGGAGCGUUUGAAAGCUUUGGAGGCAGAGAAUUCAGCACUGGCUCUGGAAAAUGAAAAUCAGAGAGAACAGUAUGAAAGAUGUCUCGAUGAGGUAGCUAAUCAGGUUGUUCAGGCUCUACUUACUCAAAAGGGUUUGAGGGAGGAAUGUAUAAAGCUGAAAAUGAGAGUUUUUGAUUUGGAACAACAGAAUCGAACAUUAAGUGUGCUUUUCCAGCAGAAAGUCAAACCAGCUUCUGACCUCCUCCUUCAGAAACUCCAUUCACGCAUCUUAGACCUCUCAUCUGGGGAUUUGCUUUCAGAAGUAGAACGGAACAGAAGCCUGAUGCAAGCUCGAAGUGCUGAUGCUCAGAUUCACGAUUGCCAGCAGAAUGUGAAAUCCAGUAUACCUGUCUUGAAAUGCCAGAGUCAAUUAAAUGUGACAGGUUCUAGUCGCCUGUAUCCCCGGAGCAGCUGCAGCAGCAGUGAACUCUCCCUCUCAAGUGCUUGCAGUGAAUAUUCCAGUGGUUCCUCCUACACUUGGAAUGAUGGAAAGACAUGCAGCAGAAGGUCAUCUGUGAGAUGGGAUAAAAGAAUAAGCAUCGGUUCCUCGCUCCCAAGCAACCUCUCGAGUCCUGCCGAUGAUCUACCUCCAACUCGUGUCAAGGAAAACCACAUCUUAGAAGGGCUGAAGAAAUUACAGAAGCAAAAAAUAUUACUUGAAUCACCGUCAGUAAUAUCAAAAUGGGGUUACAAAGAUUGCAUGAACUCUAAUGAAGGAAUAUAUUCCCCUGGAGUUAAGUGUGGUGGCCAUAAUGAACAGACUCAUUGUAAGCCAAUGGAAAUGGAAAGUAUUUGCAUUGAACAUAACAAAACUUUCUCUUAUGAUUCAGAUUCACAUGAUGAUGCAGAUGAUGACUCUUCCUCCUUACUGUUGCUGCAGGAAUUACCAAGCAAAGACUGCAGGACCUGUUGUAACAAAUUAACUCAUAGCAUUUCUGACAGUCUCUUUGACUGGGAUCCUAAUAGGAAACAUUUUCCAGAAAGAAAUUCAUAUUUUAAUUCAAAAGAAAGACCUGAAAAAUUGACUAGUUUUGUCAGUGGAUUUCAGGGAGAAGUAAAAUCAUGCACCAGAACAAAGCUGCCUGAGUUACAGUUAAAUCAAAGCCAUGCUAAUAUAGGCUGGAAAGACCUUAAUUUUCAGCUUUCAGAUACUGAUGACAAUGAAGUCUUGGAUGAACUGCAUAUAGAAAGCAGCGAUGAGAAAAGUCCAUCAGAUUUAUUAGCAACUCCCUUUACUGAGAAGUACACAAAGGCCUCUGAUGUGCUCAAAGUCACGGAGAAUUCUCAGUUUGUAUCUACUGACAAAGAGGAAAAGCAGAUACCUGUUCACUCAGACAUUAGGCCGAAGACAUGUAAUUUCAUUAAACAACAAAAGGUUAUAAAAAAGACCUCCUCUGAAGAGUGCAUUACAGUAAUAUUUGAUGCUGAGGAUGGUGAGCCUAUUGAAUUCAGCUCACAUCAAACUGGAGUUGUCACUGUAACAAGAAAUGAGAUUUCAAUCAACCAGCCACAAACUAUGUCCAGUGCAGAAUACACUGAACUUACACCUCAGGGAAUAACUGAUUUGCAGACAGGAACCAAUGCUAGAAACUACACUGCUUUAGAAAGACCAGAAGAAGAAAAUGAGAAAAAUAAUCUUGAAGAUAAUACAGGGAAUAAAAAUACAGUUGUCUCCAUGACCUGCAGUGAAUCUUCAUGCUGUGGAAGAGUGACACUGCAAAAUACUUCACGACAAAAACUAGUGAAGCCAGUGUAUGAUGCAUCAUACAAGGCCAAUUCAAGCUCCACUGUGCAUGCAGGAAUCAGUCAAAAGCCAAAUGUAACUAAAAUACCCAGCAGAGGUAAAUUUUCUCCACAAAAAACUGUGAUCUCAGAGAGUGGGGAGACACCUGUAGCCCUAUCGGUGGGCCCCACAGCCCUUGAAAAAUCACCUGCUCUGCCACCUGUAAAGCUUUCAAGAUUCAAAAAGGCACAAAGUCCACCUCGUCAUUUUGACUCAAAAGUUGACUUUCAGGUUCCAAAGCCCCCUGCCCACCCCCUGCCUGACUUGAAACGUCCAGGCAGAGGCGAUGGGUCAAAGUAUCCAAAGAGUCAGAGUCCAGCAUCACCACUGUUGCCUCAGCACCUUAAAGAGCCAAGUAACUAUGGAGAACCUCCAACCAGAGACUUUCAUUGUGAUUUAGCAACUGUAGAAGCCCGAUCUCCAUCCCCACCCCUUCCUCCAGGCAGGUCAACAUCCCUGUUGAUUCGGCCUAAUUAUGCUCAUUCUCCACCUAUAGCAGUAAAGUUAGGAGGAGCUGGUCCCACUGAAACAACAAAAAAUAUACUGAAAUCAUCACCAUUAAAAGGAACUAUGAACUCUGGCUUUCACAAUCAAUCUAGUUAUGAAAUGAAAGCAAAAAAUGUAUCUUCUGGGGCCAAAAUUGAAUUAUCUUACCUUCAAGAAAAUGCAGAAGGAAUUAUGCAAAAUAAAUGCACAUCUCAACAAUCCCAUAGUGCAUGCAAAGGACUUUCCAAAGUUUCCACAAAGCAAGUCUGCCUAAAAAACCCUAAUCAGCUGGGUCUCCACAGGAAUCGUGACUAUUCCAGCACAGAUUUUCAACCAGCCAAGUCCUUUUCUCUAGGUUGUCCGUCACUGGAAACAACUUCUUCACAAGACACAUAUUCCAGGAAAAAAAGUACUUCCACUGACAGUGGGGUGGAUCAGCAACAAAAGAUGCCAAACAUUCUCCCCACAACUCCUCAAGGUCAUACAACCAGCACAAGUGAGCCUUUAUUAUCUCAGGUAAACAAAUCCCCGCCAACACUGUUUCGUGCCAGUGAUCCUGCACACGCUAUUCAAAACUCUAAUGAGAAAGGAAUGAAAACCCGUCUUCCUGUAGGACUGAAAUUAUUUGUCAAAUCUCCCCAGCUUCUCCGCAAGAGCUCUACUGUACCAGGGAAGCAGGAAAAAGACAGCAUAAAUGCAGCUUCCAAAAGUAAUGUGAGUUCAAGUAAGUACAAGCAAAGUGAAUCUGUAUGUGUAACCACCGGAGGUGCAGCAUAUGCUGAAUUAAAAGACUCUAAGUCUGAUACUGAAGUAAAAAAUAAUUUUACUGUGGGACUUAGCACGGAUACAGCAUCACCUCAUUCACAUGAAAACUGCAGCUUGAUGGUAGACAGAGUAGAUGGAUUAGAAAACAGAUUAGUUAAGAGAUCUGUUUCUUCUAGCAACAAGUCGCACUUGAAGCCAGCUCUGGGCAUGAAUGGAGCAAAAGCUCGUAGUCAGAGUUUUAGCAUUCAAGCAGGGGAGAAGCCGUCUGCCCCUCUGACAGAAGGUCUCGGAAAAGUGCGGACUCAAAUUAUUACAAACACUUCUGACAGAGGAAAUUCUCUAACCAGGCAGAACUCAGCCACGGAAGGACUUCAAAUCAAGGCUAUUCCUGGGUCAGCAGUGACACCAGAGACUCUUUUAUGUACUACUAAACCCACAGAAAAUUCUUAUCCUAGACAAAGUUCUCUGGGAAAUAUGAGUAGUUGCAAUAGCCAGCAUGGAAGCCCGAGCAAACUGCCCUUCAAAUCAUCUUCAAAAGUAGACUUGUUUCAUAACACUUCAAAAUGUGAUGGAAACAAACCAUUUUCUCAGAAAGAUGCACGCAGCCGAUCUAUGCAGAGUGAGAGGAGCACUGAAAGUUUUAAACACGAAGCUCUAAGUAAAAAAAGUGUUCUGUCAGCAGAAUUGGAGUUAGAAGCAUCAGCUACUGUAUCUUCUAAACAAAUUUUGUCCUUUCAAAGCUUCGAUGGAAUAAAAUAUCCUCAAAAACUGGAAGCAACAAAAUCACAAAGGCAGCAAAUGUCUUUAAAAUUAGCAGAAGCCUCUGAGAAGGUUAAUGAUGUUUUGAGUUCACCGUCUCUGCAACCUACAAUAGAGGAGAAAGUCAUGUUGUGCAUCCAAGAAAAUGUGCAAAAGGGUCAGGGACAAACCAAAUCUCCCACUGUGGAGACUAAACAAAAGACUGGGCCCUCUAUAGCAAGUUGGUUUGGUUUUCGAAAGAGUAAGCUCCCAGCACUGAGUAGCAGAAAAACUGAGGUUCCUAAAACUAAGGUAGAAAAAAAGGAUGCAAAAGUUUCAGGGUUUGGAAUUAAACAGGCAAAAUUAGAGAGAAGAAAAGAAAAAAAGAAAACUGAACAACACUGUGAAAUAGAAAAUGAAAUUAACAGGAAAACAGACAAUGGUGACAUUUUAGCCAUGGAGAGCAAAAUUAUGAAACCUUCCCAAGACUCCACCAGUGAGAUUGAUUGUGAACAAGUCAGAGGUUCGACUGAAGCUACGUACUCACCAAAAGACAGUUUUGUGAAAGAGCUUUUAAACAGAGUUGAUAAGAAAGCAGCUCAGCAGACAGAAAGUGGAUCAAAUAAUGUUUCCUACAGGAGUGUGUCGAAGGGCAGCUCCCAGGGCUCCUCUCUUCAUGGCAACUCUAUCAGCUCUCAAGGAAACCACAAGAAAAACAGCAACACAAAAGCUGAUAUGGAAAUGCAGAAUCAGACUCUGGCAAAAGUAGUCACAGAAAACCUGCAAGAAGAAGAGGAGGACACCAUGACAAGGACUACAUGUCAGAGUCAUGUGAUAGAGUCUUGCUGCCAGAUGAGGACACUGGACAGUGGGAUUGGAACCUUCCCCCUCCCUGACUCGGGGAACCGAUCUACGGGGCGGCACAUUUCUAAGCCAGAAUCAACGUUGGAAACAGAAGCCCUUGCAGCAUCUGAGCAAGUUCCUCCUUCAGCUUCUUCAGUAAAAGCCAAAACUCUUGAGCGAGAAGUGCCUUCAACAGCUAAGAGCCAGGAGUCUGUGGAAAGCAUAAUUAGUCACUCAACAUCCGAUCCGGCCAUGACUGCCAAAGGUGUACGACCUUUUCAAAGUCGCCUUCCAAAACCAGCUUCCUCAGGAAUAAUUAACCUUGCAAAGCAAAGUGAACAAGAACCAAGUUCUGUGACCUCUGCCUCAUUAGAGCACACCGAAGAGACUGUAGAAAAUAGAAAAGUUCUUCCAGAGUGGACCACCAAGAAAACUACUAAAGCAAAGGACAAAGCUCUGAGGGUGUGCACUUACUCUACAAGCAGCACUGACACUGAGCCAGAGCCAGAGUAUGAAACAAGUUAUUUUAGAACUGCAGAGGAGACUUUUCUGGAGUUAACAAAGAACAACAAACAAGCCGAGCAGGAAAACCAAAAUCAGAGGAAGUCAUUUCUGGGGAACCCAAUGUCAAUUUUGGAUUUAUACCAACACAGUCUCUAUGGCCAUUUUGGAGAGGAUGGACCUGAACAAUUAACACAUUACAGUUUAAUUGAGAAGCUGAGUGGAUCUUCCAGUAAAGACAGCAAGGGCAAGGAGAACCCAAGUAAGUUGAAGCAAACUGAAGAAACAAAAGAAGAUUCCCAGAAAAGAGUAUCUAAAAUGUCCCUGGAGUCUCUCAAUAAAUUUAACAGCAAUAACAUGCUUUUAUUAGAAAAAGAGAAGAACUGUCUGAACAAGGUUGAAGGACAAAGGGAAGAAAAUGGGAAGAAAGAAGAAGCUUCCUUAAAUAGCUCGGGUCAGCACGAAGUGGACAAUUUGGAAUCCUUGAGUGAUUCCCUGUAUGAUAGCUUUUCCUCUUGUGCCAGCCAAGGCUCCAACGACGUGUAGAGACACUUCCCAGUGGGCUGUGACUGCGGCACACAAUGGACCUGAAGGGGAGCAAGGAGUGAGGGGGGGAAAAGAGACAGUUGUUGAAAAUUCCCCCUCUGGAUCGUGGCACUCAUGGCAGGGUGUUCUGACUGCCCAGCACACAGCAAUAAGGCAGGGAGGCGGCGUGGUGGCACGUGGGACUCAACGCUGAACACAGCGAGCGCUUAAACAGAAUAAAGUCUUAAUUUUGCACUUUUGUGAAUAUUUGUACAGUUGUAAAUACCUUGGGAAAAUAUAUUUGUAGGGAUACACGACAGCAAUAAAUAUUACAUUGGUGCUAUGCUCCUGUAAUGGCAUAUUACUAACUUAAAGAAAUUGGUGUUAAUAUUAACAAGAAAAGUUAGUAGAUUUUUUAAAAAAGAUUUAUAAUUGUUCUAGUCUUAAGACUGUGUGUAGAAACACUGCGUUACCAUAAACCUGAGCCUGCCAGACUGUCUGCAAUAAACUUUCACAGACUCUGUUUUACAAAAUGUUUUAUUUUUUACUUUUAGUGCAAUUCCAUACAGGUGAUCUAGGGAGGCAUGCAUUUCAGUUAUUACAACUUCACAACAGGUGUCUUAUUUCAAAAGGGUUUUGACUUUUGACAUGGCAAGAAAAUGAAUAGAUUAAAAGUCUUGAUACUGCUGGCAUUGGCUUCAUCAAUCAUGCACAUAACUGUUUGAGAGAUCAGGGUCAAAGCAAUUCACUGCUGACACAAACGGGAGUCUUAUAGGAAUGAGAACUACAUAAACCGCCCUGUGCUUCUGACCGCAACAUAGUUUUUCAACUUCCACCUCCUCUGUACUCAUUUGCCAUGAAAUUAUGAAUGUACCAUACCGUGUUAUCUUUUGUAGUCUCUGUUUGGUCUUAAUUAAAUUCUAAAUACUAAAAUUAUUUUUUAAAAACUGAAACAACUCCUGUUUGUGACACAGUACAAUAAUAUGUUGGUGCUAACCAGUACUAGUUCAAACAUAUCUAGGAGCAGGGCCUGUUUUGGGUGUUUUUUGUUUUUUCUACAGAGGUUGUUUAUAUGUAAGGGAAAGUCUAUUUCAAAGGUUCUGUGUAUUUUUUCUAGCCGUGAAGUAUUUAUAACUGCUUUUUGUACAGCAAUUGUAAACUAGAUAUAUUUGGGGUAUUUCUAGACUCUAUAGUUUCUUUAGCACAUACCUGUUAAUCUUUGAAAUAUUAUAUGAUCAGUGUUAAUAUUUUGUGCAAUUUGUUAUAUUUUAAGUCAUUUCCACCGUAAAAUUGCAUCGUCUUUUUCGACUUCUAAGAAAUUUUCAUUGAAACAUCUUUUGUAAAUAAAACUUUUCUUGCGUA